UUGUGAGCACCAAUCAGAGCGCAGAAAAACCCGGAAGUUCUGAGAGUGUAAGAAAGAGCGCCUGCAUUCAAUUUGAAAAGAACGAACAACAUCAGGUAGUAACACUGAUCUUGAUUCAGCACCCUCAACUGGUCAGCCAUGAGUUUUGCUUCGAGUCCUUUCACCCCGAUGGGCAUUCACAGCAUUCAGGAGCAGCGGGACUGCUGGGAGAGGAAGAGGAGCCGCACGGCCCGCGAGCUAGUCCAGAGUGAACAAAGCUACUGCAAACAGCUGGAUCUAGUUGUCACGUACUUUGUGGAGAUCUUGAAGGCCAAAGGAACCCUCAGGCAGGACAUUAGAGAAAGCAUCUUCAGUUCAAUUAAAUCCAUUCAUUUAAUAAACCAGACCCUACUCACUCAUCUAGAACUGGGGAGGUUUGGCGUCGGGUUUGAGGAGUUCUGCACUCAUCUGCAGUUGUAUAAUACUUAUGUUGACAACAUUCAGACGGCUAAAAAAGCCCUCAUGGUAAGUUGA